GCACAUCUGCAUAAAGAAUGUCAUCUUUUAUUUGUUUGUUCUUUUCCUAUGUAUCCCUUGAUGUGGUUUAAUUUGGGACGAGCAAAAAAUAUAUGUAUUUUUUUUGCUUUCAAGAGGAGGCUCCUUAUUCAGAGAGAGAGAGAGAGAGAGAGAGAGGAGAAAAGGGGAAAGUGGGUAGUCAUAUUUAUUGGUGCUGGGUUACUUUCAUUGUCUUGGUAAAUUCUCUUUGCCUCUUUCCCAUAGAAGUUUGACAGAACCUCCUUGUGUUCUUUCUUGUGAUCAUCUACACCUAGAUCACUCUCUAUUAUAUAGUUUAGUUUUCUCUUAUAUAAGGAGUGUACUCGUUUCUUGCUGGUCUUCUAUCUAGCCUUCAAGAAAAGAGAGAGAGAGAGAGAGAGAUGGCAGCCACCUCCCAAGCCAUGCUAAAUCAGGGCUUGUUUGAGGAGCAAGAGAUGCCUACGCAAAUGGGUUUCUUUUCUUUUGCUCCACACUCGAGUUUUCCUCAAUUGGGUAUUUGCCAGCAAUCUCUGAAAGGCUUUACUAUACCUCAUUCACUUGCAGCCGAUGCACCAUCUGCUGCGAAUCUCACUGAAACCCUACUCUCAUCCGCUGCUGCUAAGCAAAGAGAAGACAUGACAGCUAAUUUGGGAGGACCCCAUUUCUUUUCCUUGCAAAGAUCUAGUGCAAACCUCUGGGCAUGGGGAGAAGUCAGUGAGUGUUUAAGCAGCAAAAGAAGUGGUGGAGAUGAUCAAUAUCUAGGGGUUUCUUCAAUGAAAAUGAAGAAGAUUAAAGGAAGGAGAAAGGUAAGAGAGCCUAGGUUUUGCUUCAAGACUAUGAGCGAUGUGGAUGUGCUGGAUGAUGGAUACAAGUGGAGAAAGUACGGCCAGAAAGUGGUAAAGAACACACUGCAUCCCAGGAGCUAUUAUCGUUGUACACAAGAUAAUUGUCGAGUAAAGAAACGAGUGGAGAGAUUAGCAGAGGACCCAAGAAUGGUGAUAACAACCUAUGAAGGGAGACAUGUACAUUCUCCAUCACAUGAUCUUGAAGACUCCGAUGCUCAAUCCCACCUUAACAAUUUCUUCUUCUAGUACUCGACCAUCUUCUGCUUUGUUUAAUUGUUGUGUAUGAGUUCUUUAUGUCCUUAUAUAUCUAUAUAUAUAGUGUUAAUUAAGACAUGGGAAAUAAAAAAAAAAUUUAAUAUAAUCCCUCGUGGAUAAUCGAACGUGAUUUUGGAGCUCAUGCUCUCUCUAUAAAUAUAUAAGUUUCACUCUUAUAAAUAAAGAGAAAUUGAAAUUUUAUAUUUAA